AGUGGAGAGGCAGAUGUUGCGCCUCCAGAAUACGACCCGUGGACGGGGGCUGAUGACAGAUUGAGCCUGCCUCCUUCGUUCUCGGCAUCGAUGGCCGACGAACGGAGCCCGGCAGCAAAUGCUGACUUUGAUGACGCCAAAAGAGCACAUGCCUGGUGUGCUGAAACGCCUUUAUGGACUGCUCAUGAGCAUCCAUCCAUGUUAGUGUCCCGAAUUGAUGCUGGCGAUUUGAGACUCACUGUGCCACCAAACACCACGGACGUCACACAGUAUCAGCCAGCAAUGGGCACCAGCUAUGUGAGAACGGGUAGCGGCAUUAGUGACACCAUCCUGCUCUCAGACGUGCCCAUCUAUGCUGCACAACAUCAUACGCCUCUUGCAACAGGUCAGCAACGAACGAUUUAUUUUGAAGUCAAGAUCAUGGGGGUGGGUGAUCGAUAUGGGACGGGAAAGAAUGUUGAGUCUGGCAUCGCGAUCGGGUUUGUCGCUCCUCCGUAUCCUGCCUGGCGAUUGCCAGGAUGGCAUCGAGGCUCAUUGGGCGUCCACUCAGACGAUGGCCGACGCUAUGUUGAUAACAGCUAUGGUGGUGUCGAGUUUGUACCAGCUUUUGGCAAGGGUGAUGUUGUCGGCAUUGGCAUGACAUUUCAUCCUCCCGUUCAUGGCCGGAUCACCACGGGUUGCGACGUCUUCUUCACGAGAAAUGGCAAACGAGAGAACGGGUGGGACUUACAUGAGGAACAGCCGAAGAAUCAGGACGCUGGCGACAUCACAGGGUUGGAAGGCGAGCAUGACUUGCUUGCGGCGGUUGGUGUUUUUGGCAGUGUGGAAUUCGAGUGCAUUUUCAACCAGGAAAACUGGUUGUUCAAG